AUGCUAAACCUAAGAGAAAGUGUCCCACGCGUACUACAGUUUUUUAGCAAAGUGGCCCAGGCCCCUUCUGGUCCAGGCUUCGCCGAGCGGGCCAAGAGCGAAGAACGCAAACUUGACAAAAAAGUCAAGUUUGGGAUCGUUGUGCUGAACAGGCACCAUCCGCUACCCGCUUUUUUAUCCUUUGGUAACUGGGAGAAGGAUGAGCAGCAGGAACAGGUCACGGGGACGGGCAGCAGCCCCGGCAGCUGGGCUGGGCUGCUGGGCGCCCGCAAAUUCACAGACAAACACGAAUGGAUAUCAGUCGAAAAUGGCAUUGGAACAGUAGGAAUCAGCAAUUUUGCACAGGAAGCAUUAGGAGACGUUGUUUACUGUAGUCUUCCAGAAAUUGGGACAAAAUUGAGUAAACAUGAUGAGUUUGGAGCUUUGGAAAGUGUGAAAGCUGCUAGUGAGCUCUACUCUCCUCUAUCAGGAGAAGUGACUGAGAUUAAUACUGCCCUCGCAGAUAAUCCAGGGCUCGUCAAUAAAUCUUGUUAUCAAGAUGGUUGGCUUAUCAAGAUGACUGUGGAAAACCCUGCGGAACUUGAUGAACUGAUGAAUGAAGAUGCCUAUGAGAAAUACGUAAAAUCCAUUGAGGACUGAGCUGGAAUAAUGAAAUAAAUCCAUAUAAAAUA